AUGGUGGAUCACAACAUCGUUGGGUGCAACUGGCUGCAGCUGAACCCUGGGAACUAUCGCCUCCUUUCUCCCUCCGAAAAGGCAAAUUAUUGCAUUCGAACGAUGUGCCAAUAUGAAUGCGAUGUGAUCUGUUCGGACGUCGUCUCGCUUCCCACAAAGGACGAUUUCAGUCUGAUCGCGCCGUUCCGCAUCCUCUCGUUUGAUAUCGAGUGCUGUGCGGAAGAAGGCGGGUUUCCUUCGCCCGAGAAGGACGCUGUGAUCACGAUCGCGAACGUCGUGACGGAGCAAGGAUCGACAGAGCCGCUGUUCAAGUCUGUGUUCACGCUGCGCGGAUGUGCUUCGAUUCCUGGAGUGGAUGUGUAUUGUUUCGAGGACGAAAAAGACAUGCUGGCGGCCUGGUCCAAGUAUUUAGUGGCUUGUGACGCCGAUAUUAUCACGGGAUACAACAUUCAAAACUUCGAUAUCGACUAUCUCCGAAAGCGAGCCGCCACACUGAAAGUGAAAGAGUUCGAUUUGCUAGGACGUGUGAAGGGCGAAUUCGCACGCUGCACGACCUCAACGUUUUCUUCUGCCGCGUACGGCACCCACGAAAACAUCGAUACGAAUAUCGCUGGCCGCUUAAUCUUCGACGUAAUGCAGUUCGUUCGUCGCGAAUACAAACUCUCCAGCUACACACUCAACAACGUUUCCAGCGAGUUCUUGGGCCAAACCAAAGAAGACGUGAAAUACAAUCAAAUCAAAGAACUGUUUAACGGAGACGAUGUGACUCGCCAGCGAAUCGCCUCCUACUGCGUCAAGGACGCCUGGCUGCCGCAGCAGCUGCUCGAUAAGCUGAAUGUGAUCAUUAACCAAGUGGAAAUGGCUCGCGUGACGGGCGUUCCGAUUAACAUGCUGCUCUCGCGCGGCCAGCAGAUCAAAGUGUUGUCGAUGAUUCAUCGAAAGAGUUUGCAGCUGGGAUACAUCAUUCCGACGUUGGACCGCUCGAAUCAGAGCGAGAAAUACGAAGGCGCGACGGUGAUCGAGCCGAAGAAGGGCUAUUACGAAGAGCCGAUCGCGACGCUGGACUUUGCAUCGCUGUAUCCAUCGAUUAUGAUCGCUCACAAUAUUUGUUACUCCACGCUCAUCCCGGAUUCGAUGGAGAUCGACGAGUCGCGCGUGGAGAGAUCGCCGACAGGCAAUCGAUUCUUAAAGAAGUCGGAGCGCGAAGGCGUGCUUCCGAUCAUUCUGCGCGAAUUACUCGCUGCUCGUAAAGUGGCAAAGAAAGACAUGGCGAAGGAAACAGAUCCUUUAAAGAAGGCUGUGCAGAAUGGACGGCAGUUAGCAUUGAAAGUGAGUGCGAAUUCGGUGUACGGAUUCACUGGAGCCACGGUCGGUCAGCUUCCGUGUCUUGCGAUUUCGCGCACAGUGACGUCCUAUGGGCGUGCGAUGAUUGAAAUGACCCAGAGGAAAGUGAUGGAGCGCUACUGCAUAAAGAACGGCUAUGAGCACGAUGCGAUGAUUGUGUACGGAGAUACGGAUUCGGUGAUGGUGAAAUUCGGCGUGAAGACGGUGGAGGAAGCGAUGAAACUUGGCAAAGAAGCGGCUGAGUAUGUCUCUGGAUUCUUCCCAGACCCCGUUCGAUUAGAAUUCGAGAAAGUCUAUUUCCCUUAUCUCCUCAUGAACAAGAAGCGCUACGCAGGCUUGUUUUGGACGAAGCCGGAGAAAUGGGACAAGUUGGACGCGAAGGGAAUCGAAACCGUGCGUCGAGACAAUUGCCGAUUGGUGCGAAUCCUCGUGGACACGUGCUUGAAGAAGCUGCUAAUCGACCGAUCGCCGGAGGACGCUGUGGAGUACGUGAAGAGCACGCUCUCCGCGUUGCUUCAGAACCAGAUCGAUAUUUCAUUGCUGGUAAUCACGAAGGCGCUGGGAAAGAAAGCGGAUGAUGAUGGAAAAGGAUACAAAGCGAAAGCAGCGCAUGUGGAAUUGGCGAAACGAAUGGCGCAGCGCGAUCCUGGAAGUGCUCCGAAAGUGGGAGAUCGCGUUGCGUAUGUGAUUAUUGAAAAAGACAAAGGAGCCAAGGCGUACACGAAGAGCGAAGAUCCGAUUUAUGUGCUCGAAAACAACCUCCAAAUCGAUGUGAAUUGGUAUUUGGAACAUCAGCUGCGGGGUCCCAUCGAGCGGAUUUUCGCUGUUUUGAAGAAUCAUACGUUGGAUGAGCUGUUCAAAGGCGAGCAUAUGAACGUGAAGAAGGUGGUGGUGGUUCAGAACUCGGGGAUUGGACAGUUUGUGAAGCGAAAGAACACGUGUAUGCACUGUAAGCGUCCGCUGCAGAAAGGAGCGGUGUGCUCGAACUGCAAAUCGUUCGAAAGCGCUCAUUACAUCGAAACUGCAAUGCAGGUGGAGUUGCAGCAACGACAGUUCUGCGAACUGUGGACGACUUGCCAGCGAUGUCAGAACAGCUUGCAUAAGAGUAUUAUUUGUGGAAAUAAGGAUUGCCCGAUUUACUAUCAGCGUGAGAAGAUUCGACAUGAAUUGGAUGUAUCUACAAAGAAACUGGAGCGAUUUAGUGAAUAG